AUCAUAAAAACCAACCGCUUUUCCUUUCCUCCACUAUCUUCCAUUGCUCUUCCUCCACUAUCUUCCAUUGCUCCUCUCUCUUUUUUACCCUAUUUGAUAGGGGUUCCAUGUCCUUAUAGCUCCAAUCUAUCGCAUGCAUCCGUGUCUUCGAUCUACAUACGUUGAAGUUUUAGCUUUCUUACUUGUUGGGUCUCUCUUAGGAGGAUUUUCGGGCGGCGAACGGUGCAGAUUUUACCUCCCGGGUUUUUUUGAGCUGUACUCAUGUCCAAGCUCUUUUCUUUUAGUGGAUCUGAUGAUUUUUGCCAUGGAGGGUCGAUCUACCCAAACCCAAAGGAAUCAAAUAUCCUUUUGUCCCUUGGACGUCAUGUGGAUGUUUAUUUUCCCCCUUGCAAGAGGUCCCGCAUCAGUGCGCCUUUUGUUUUCUCGGGUGAGAGGUUUGAGCAGAAGCCGUCAAUCGAGGUUCUCCCUGAUGAAUGCUUUUUUGAAAUCUUCAGGCGGUUACCUGGAGGCCAGGAGAGGAGUGCCUGUGCUUGUGUUUCCAAGCGCUGGCUUACACUUGUAAGCAACAUCCGCAGAGAUGAAAUCAGUGACAAGACCACUGAAGCCUUGAAUCUCAAGGAUGUUGAUUCUGAGGUUGGAGAUCAGGAUGUUCAGGGAGGUGGAUACCUCUCUAGGAGUUUGGAAGGGAAUAAAGCAACAGAUGUUAGACUUGCUGCUAUUGCUGUCGGAACUGCUAGUCGUGGUGGAUUGGGCAAGCUUUUCAUUCGAGGAAGCAAUUCCAGCCUUGGAGUGACUACCGUUGGCCUAAGGGCCAUUUCCCGUGGAUGCCCUUCUUUAAGGGUUCUUUCUUUGUGGAAUUUGUCUUCCCUUGGAGAUGAAGGGCUGCGAGAGAUUGCCGAUGGGUGUCACCAGCUACGGAAGCUUGACCUUUGCCACUGUCCUGCUAUUACUAAUGAGUCUUUGCACGCCAUUGGAAAGGGCUGCCCUGAUUUGACUGAUCUGACCAUUGAAGGUUGUGCAAACAUUGGAAAUGAAGGUAUUCAGGCUAUAGCACGCUACUGCCCCAAUCUAAAGUCUCUUUCAAUUGAAGGUUGCCCCCUUGUUGGAGAUCAAGGAAUUGCAAGCCUGCUGACAUCAGCCUCAUAUUCCCUCACAAAAGUAAAGCUUCAGGCAUUGAACAUUACCGAUGUCUCUCUUGCCAUAAUUGGACACUAUGGCAAGGCAGUGACUGACCUUUCUCUCAAUAGCCUUCCAAAUGUUACCGAGAAGGGCUUCUGGGUAAUGGGUAACGGUCAUGGGCUACAGAAAUUGAAGUCUUUCACGAUUAAAGCUUGCCUUGGAGUGACAGAUCUGGGACUGGAAGCUGUUGGUAAGGGUUGCCCAAAUUUAAAGCAGUUCUGCCUCAGAAAAUGUGCUUUCUUAUCCGAUAACGGGUUGGUGUCUUUUGCUAAAGCAGCGGGUUCACUAGAGAGCUUGGAACUGGAGGAGUGCCACAGGGUUACCCAAUUUGGGUUUUUUGGUUCCCUUCUGAACUGUGGUCCAAAGUUCAAGGCUAUUUCUCUUGUGAACUGCUUGAGUAUCAAGGACCUAAGCUUGGGAUUGCCUCCUCUAUCCCGUUGUGAAUCCCUUCGAUCACUGGCCAUCCGUAACUGCCCUGGUUUUGGCGACGCUAGCGUGGCUGCUUUGGGAAAGUUAUGCCCUCGUCUGCAGAACAUGGAGUUGAGUGGGCUUCAUGGAAUAACAGAUGCUGGGUUUCUCCCAUUGCUUGAGAGCUGUGAGGCUGGUUUGGUGAAGGUUAAUCUCAGUGAUUGUCUAAAUUUGAGUGACAAAGUUGUUUGCAAGAUGGCUGAUUUACAUGGGUGGACUCUAGAGAUGCUGAAUCUUGAUGGUUGUUGCAAGAUCAGUGAUGCCAGCUUGGUUGCAAUUGCUGAGGACUGUCAGUUGCUCAGCGAUCUAGAUGUCUCCAAGUGUGUUAUCACCGACUCCGGAAUUGCAGCUCUUGCUCGCUCUGGUCUGAUCAAUCUUCAGAUCUUAUCCGUCUCUGGUUGCUCUAUGGUCACAGACAAAAGCCUGCCAUCACUUGGAAAAUUGGGUCAGACCCUCCUGGGGUUAAACCUCCAGAAAUGCGAGGCAAUCAGCAGCAGUGCAGUUGACCUGCUUGUGGAGCGGCUAUGGAGGUGUGAUAUCCUUUUCUGAACAACACCGCAGUAUGGGAUUAUCAGUAACUCGGGUUUCCACCCACCAAGAAGCUUUCAGAAUAGCCUUCGUGGCAGAAGUGUGUAGUUUUUGGGUCCAUCAGCUAUGGGUCUUCUACGGUCCGGAACUCGGACCCUUUUUCCAGGGAUAUGGCCAUUCUCC